GUAGUGAUAUCUGGCAGUAGUGAAAGUUACUAGUGACUGAUAAUCUAAUGGUAUGUAGGGCAUUUUAUUCUGGUGACUCCAAUACAGCACCGUUCAAACUGUACGUUCACUAGCAUGCUGCAUUACCUUGUGCUCCUUAAUGCAUUUUUGUCAAGUGAUUAGCAAACACGUGAGGCUGUAAAUAAGGCAAGGGAAAAAGACUCGUGAGUCAUGUCCACAGAUCAACUUCCUCUUGUGUCAUCUUCGUCAAAUAAAGCAGUCAGGCACCAUUCAGUUUGUAAGAGCAGUUUGAUGAAGUGAGGCGAGCUGAAGUUCUGACACAGAAAAUGGAUCAGGCGUCAAGAAGAAUACUAGAAAGUCAUAUACUCCAUGUGCACAAAUUCUGAUUAAUGAUGUUGAACUGACAGACGAUACAAACAAACUUCUUGUCCCACGGUCACAAACCUAUGAUUCCUCUUUAAACCUCAACAUGAAGAAUGAACUGAAGCAUGAAAGAAAAAAAGCCUCUUCUAGUCAGUCUUUCAAGGCCAAUGCGCACUAUCACAAAGCAUUUAAGGACAUUCCGAAGGAGGAGUUUUUAAGAGAAAGUUUCACUUGUGCUUUGCAGAAAGAAAUCUUAUACCACGGAAAGUUAUACAUUUCACAGAACUGGAUUUGCUUUCAUUCAAAGGUUUUUGGAAAGGACACAAAGAUUGUAAUUCCUGUCCUUGCUAUAACUCAAAUCAAGAAAACAAAAACUGCUCUACUGGUGCCAAAUGCUGUAAUAAUAUCUACAGUCACUGAAAGGUUUAUAUUUGUAUCCCUAUUAUCUCGUGAUUCAACGUACAAACUCUUAUUAUCGGUCUGCAGUCAUUUAGAGAAUAUAAGCACAGGAAACAGUCCUAAUCCAUCACCUGCUGAGCACAGCUUCCGAGCCGAGCGACCAGCAUCAUAUCCUCUAGAUUUCAAUGACUUUCCUGAGCUUGAUGGUUUGGUAGCAAACAGAAGGAAGGAAAUAGACUGUAGCAGCACUGGAUCUCAGACUGCCGAGUCUGAAAAUUCUCAAGAAUUCUCAGAGCGGGAACGGAAUACACUUACAAAGUCACAGCAAACUCUUGUCCAAACUGACAAACCACCUAAGCCGACACCAGAUAAAAAAUCUACUGCACCUAGACACGGGCACCUAAAAUUCCUCCAAAGAGUCGAUCUCUGGAAGAUUAUUUCUUUAAAUGGCCUCUUGUUUUUCUAUGCAAUACUUGUCUGUCUGUUAAUAUUCUCAACUUUUUAUAUGCAAUCAAGAAUUGGGCAUCUUGAAGAGAAGUUAUUAUCUUUGCACUCUGCACAAAAUGAAUGGCCAGUAGACCAGGCCAUGGUAAGCUGGCAUAUAAAUGCAAACUCCAUUUGUGACGAAUUAACAAGUAACCUGGAAAAACUAGAUAAGAUCCAAAGGAAUCUGCAAAGACUGUUGGAAGAUGCAAACUAGGGGGAAAUGGAAUAAAACACUUUGGGUGAAUCACAUCGUAAACAAAUCUCUGCUGGACGGAGCCUAAUUAUAUAUGGGAAACCAAUAACCUUCAUCUCAGGAAUGUGUAGUUUUCUCUUUUGUUCAUCAAUUGGAUGACUUUUGAACAGUUUCCCAUUCUUCGGUCCUGAAGUUCUGAAUGAGCGCAAUCCAACAUUUCACUGUGAAGUUAGUCUUCUUUUUGCACGUAUUUCAAGACUUGUACCUAUGAACACUCCUUUUAU